GGGGGCUUGGGUUGUAGAAGCAGCGGCCGCAGCAGCACGGCGGAGCGGAGGCGCCCCAGCAUGGCCGACGACCUGAAAAGGUUCCUGUACAAAAAGCUACCAAGUGUUGAAGGUCUUCAUGCUAUUGUAGUCUCAGACAGAGAUGGUGUGCCUGUUAUCAAAGUUGCCAAUGAUAAUGCACCAGAGCAUGCUCUUAGACCUGGUUUUUUGUCUACCUUUGCGCUUGCAACAGACCAGGGAAGCAAACUAGGACUUUCAAAAAAUAAAAGUAUCAUCUGUUACUACAACACAUACCAGGUAGUCCAGUUCAAUCGAUUACCCUUGGUAGUAAGCUUCAUUGCUAGCAGCAAUGCCAAUACCGGGUUGAUCGUAAGCUUAGAGAAGGAGCUCACGCCCUUGUUUGAGGAACUGAGGCAGGUGGUGGAAGUCUCUUAACCUGAUGUUAUCUUCAAGUGCAGCAUUUUUCAACAACCCAGUGGGCAGGAAGAUUCCAUAAUUCAGUCCGCAAAAUAACAAAUGUCUUGGAAGAAACACCACUUCUUAUACUAAAUAAGAGUAAAAUUGUAUAUAGUGCUGAGUCUGAAAUGAGAUACUAGUGUAUUGUAGAUAAAAACUUUUUGGCCACAUUUCUUGGGCAGUAGUAGAGAGACCAAUAAAAUGGCUCCCAUGGAGUUCAGCUCAGCCGCUUGCUAAGGAUCAGGCUUAUCAGAGUUGGGCAACAACAACUGUAGAUUCAGAUAAAAGUAACCCAGAGUUCCUUGCUACACAGGGAGCAAGGAAUGCAGUAGGGUUUAUCCUAUGAUUUAGCUACCACUACAUACUGGGGAGGCAAAGGUUUCAUUUUCCCAGUUGUCUUGUAAUGAAUGCUUCACUGCUUCUUUGCAUGUGCUGGGGCAGAAAGCAUUGUGAUAAAGGAAGUUUACUAGCUGUUAUUUAUCAGUACAAUCAAUAACUAUCUUAUGUUUCUCAUAUUUGAUGCUUUGGUAAAGGAAUUCUACUAAUUUGAAUGUUAACUUACUUCUUCUGGCGGGAAGUUACUUCUAUAAAAGCUACUAUUUCAAGGGUUUUCAUUAUGCCCGGAUAUAAGUGCCCAAUCAGUGUUCCAUGUCCAUGGAUCUUUUUUGUAAAAUGUAGGUGUGAGAGCCUUGUUUGUCUUUUGUUCUACUAUUCUCUGUGUGGGUGCAUUAAUGGUUUUCCUAAGUAAAUCUAAAUAAAUACAGUAUUUUUAAAA